AUGAGCUCGUCGGAAGACGAUACCCCGCUUGUCAAGGCGAAUGGCCGCCGCACUGGUGCUCCUACGGACGUCAAGAUGGGCGACGCGACAGGAACGAACGGCCAUGUUGACCCCGGAGUGUCAAUUCGCUUUGGUCCGGUCAAGGCCGCGAACGAUGUUGAUAUGGCGGAUGCGGAUCCCCAGGCCGAUGGCGCCGCCCCCAAGAGAAAGUCGCGCGCAAGCAUCGGCCAAAGAAAGUCCUAUGCUGAACCGGAGAGCAGUGAGGAGGAUGAUCAGCCCCUGAGCAAGCGCCGUCGCACGUCUGUGAAACAUGAAGAUCCGGAGACGGAUGACGAUGUGCCUCUGGCGCUCAAUGGUAGAAAGCUCCCCAAAGCUUCCGAAACCGCCAUAGGUGAAGAGUCCGACUCCGAUGUCCCCAUCGAAAGGAAGCUCGCCUCUCAGAAGAAGAAGAUCCAACAAAAAGCGGAGAAGGACGCCAAAGCGAGCCGCAAGCCGGAUGCUACGAAGGCUGCAAAGGCAGCGCCUAAGGCAAUGGCGAACAAGAGACAGACGAAUGGUGUGAAGAAAGAGCCUGUGGAUGAGAAGCCUGCCGUCAUCAAGAAAACGGCGAAGCACGUCCAGCUCAAGGGGAAGCCCGCGAUACCCGCGCAUGUCAAAAAGGCAGCCAGUGGAAAAUCCACCCCAGUCAAGAAAGAGGAAAGUGAAGAAGCCGAUGAUGGCGAGGAAGAGGAAGAGUACAAAUGGUGGGAAGACCCGACUAAGGGUGAUGGGACGAUCAAGUGGACGAGCCUUGAACACAAUGGCGUUGUCUUCCCUCCCCCAUACGAGCCGCUUCCUGGGGAUGUCAAGAUGAAGUAUGAUGGCAUCCCCCUCACACUUCACCCUGAUGCCGAAGAAGUGGCUGGCUUCUUCGGUAGCAUGCUGAACGCGACUCAGCACGUUGAAAACCCAACCUUCCAAAAGAAUUUCAUGAUGGAUUUUCGUGACAUUCUCAAGAAGACGGGCGGCGCAACUGACUCCAAGGGCAACAAAGUCGACGUCAAGGACUUUAAGAAGUGCGACUUCCAACCAAUCUUUGCCUACUACGACAUGAAACGCCUGGAGAAGAAGGCCCUGCCUGCUGCCGAGAAGAAGCAAUUGAAGGCAGAAAAGGACGAGCAAGAAGCCGCUUUCAUGUACUGCAUGUGGGAUGGCCGCAAGCAAAAAGUGGGCAACUUCCGAGUCGAACCGCCUUCUCUUUUCCGUGGCCGUGGUGAACAUCCCAAGACGGGUCGCGUGAAAGCUCGGGUGCAGCCGGAGCAAAUCACUAUCAACGUCGGCAAGGAUGCGCCUGUCCCUCCACCCCCGGAGGGCCACUCGUGGAAGGAGGUUAAACAUGACCAGGAAGGCACGUGGCUUGCCAUGUGGCAGGAAAACAUCAAUGGCAACUACAAGUAUGUCAUGCUCGCGGCCAACUCCGAUGUGAAGGGCCAGAGUGAUUUCAAGAAGUUUGAGAAGGCUCGUGAACUGAAACACCACAUUGACCGGAUCCGCAAGGACUAUCAAAAGAACCUGAAGCACGAGCUUAUGGUUGAGCGGCAAAAGGCCACGGCUGUGUACCUGAUUGACCAGUUCGCCCUUCGUGCUGGUAACGAGAAAGGUGAAGACGAGGCUGAGACUGUGGGAUGCUGCUCCCUGAAAUACGAAAAUGUCACCCUCAAGCCACCAAACAAGGUCGUCUUCGACUUCCUGGGUAAGGAUAGUAUUCGCUUCUAUGACGAGGUCGAAGUCGACGCCCAGGUCUUCAAGAACCUGAAAAUUUUCAAGAAGGCACCCAAGAAAGCAGGUGACGAGAUCUUUGAUCGGCUGACGACCUCCGCUCUCAACAAGCACCUGUCAGUCUACAUGCAGGGAUUGACUGCGAAGGUGUUCCGUACCUACAACGCUUCUCAUACCAUGUCUACGCUGCUCAAAGACAUGAAAGCGACAGGUAAUAAUGCCGAGAAAGUGAAGGCCUACAAUGAUGCCAACCGUAAGGUUGCCAUUCUCUGUAAUCACAAGCGGACUGUUGCGGCAUCUCAUGCUGGUCAAAUGGAGAAGAUGAGCGAAAGGAUCAAGGGUCUACGUUACCAGAAGUGGCGUCUCAAGCAACAGAUGCUUGAUCUCGACUCCGGCCUCAAAAAGAAGAAGGGCGCUAAGUACUUCGAAAGGGAUGAGGAUAUGGAUCUCGAAUGGGUGAAGGAGCACCAGGCAUUCCUCCUGGAGGAGCAGCGCCAGAAGAUUCAGAAGAAAUUCGAAAAGGACAACGAGAAGCUUGUCGCAGAAGGGGAGAAGGAGAUGAAGGCCAAAGAGCUCGAGGAGCGUCUCCAGGUUGUUAAAGACAUGGAGAAGAAGUUCAACAAGGAGAACAAGACCGGAAAGGUAGAAGCCGAAGGCAAGGGCCCAACUAUCGACAAGAUUGAAACCGCGAUCGGCAAGCUCGAGCAGCGCGUUGAGAACAUGGAGAUCCAAGCGCAGGACAAGGAAGAGAACAAGGAAGUGGCCCUGGGAACAUCAAAGAUUAACUACAUUGAUCCCCGUCUCACGGUCGUGUUCAGCAAGAAGUUUGAUGUCCCUAUUGAGAAAUUCUUCUCCAAGUCUCUUCGGGAGAAGUUCGAAUGGGCGAUCAAGUCCGUCGACGAGGACUGGGAGUUUUGA